AUGGCGUCCAGAAGCGGUCUGUCGUAUGAACAAAGAGCGGUACAGCACCCUAAUCCGCUGGUGAAAAAGCUCUUCGCCAUUGCCGAGAAGAAAAAGACCAACAUCGUCCUGUCAGCAGACUUGACAACCACGAACGAACUCCUUGACAUUGCUGAUCGUCUCGGGCCACACAUCGCCGUCCUGAAGACUCAUAUCGACAUAGUUUCAGACUUCGGCCCCAGCACCAUCGAGGGACUGACUGAAUUAGCCCAGCGUCACGACUUUCUCUUAUUCGAGGAUCGAAAGUUCAUUGAUAUUGGAAACACUGUCCAAAAGCAAUACAAAGGGGGUGCUUUACGGAUCCACGACUGGGCUCACAUUGUCAAUGCCAGCAUCCUCGCCGGAGAGGGCAUUAUUCAGGCUCUGGACCAGACCAUCCGCGAUGGUGGUGUGUCGGAGCGAGGCAUUUUAAUUCUGGCCGAAAUGACCUCGAAGGGAUCGCUGGCUGUAGGCGAGUACACGCAAGCAUCAGUCGAGAUCGCACAAAAGUUCCCUCAAAGUGUGCUCGGCUUUGUGUCAACCAAGGAACUAUCGAGCCACUCCCGUGUCGCCAGCCCGGAUGAAGAUUUUGUAGUCUUCACAACUGGUGUCAAUCUCUCCAGCAAAGGAGAUGCCCUCGGUCAACAAUAUCAGACCCCCACGACGGCGAUUGAGGGAGGCUCUGAUUUUCUUAUUGCCGGAAGGGGUAUUUAUGCUGCAGCCGAGCCAGUGACAGCGGUGAAAGAAUAUCAGCAGGCCGGGUGGGACGCAUACCAGCGACGGAUAACAUCGGCCAGUAAAUAA